UGUAGGCGGCGGAAGGCCGAUCCUGUUGGAUCUGGCGAAUGUGUAUCCCGUUCUACCUUGAGUUCGUAAUAGUAAUCUACCCCUUCUUCCAUUGUUGCCGUGCUGUUCUUCUGUGUUCUCGUUGUUUUCAUUGGAUUUUCCGAACGGUGCUCACAACUUGGUAUCAGAGCCUCGACACGCUCAAUUUCUUUUGAUUCGACCGUAAAAAUUCCAUCAGGAGGAUUGGGGGUGAUCACCGAUCAUCCCCGCGAAAAGGAAACUUGCCUCCUGCGGUUGGUAGAAUUCGGAGCGAGCUUGUCGAGAGGGAAAUCCUGGAGAAGCCAAGGUACAUCACCAAGCAAGCUGCCCAAAUCAUGGCGCAGGAGAGCAAGCUGGAUUUUCUGUUGAAGAUGACGGAGGAUAACAAGAGGAAGCGGGAGGAAGCGGAGGAGAAGAAUCGUGCUGACUUCGGAGACCUAAAGCGCAGUCAUGGGCGUCGCAGUCAUGGGGUUGAAAUCCAAGGUGGAGAAGCUCGAGAUUCUGUCCCAACGGCUUCCGAACUUCAUCAACAGAGAGGAGUGCACACCUGAAAAUCGGCAAGGUAUAGCUGCCUUUUGGUUGCAGUCUGUGUACCAAGAGUUAGAGGGCGCGUCUUGGGUAGAACUGUGUGCUAGGGUGAGUGACAAGUUCACUAAGGAUAGGCAGGAGGCACUUCUUAGGCAGAUGAUUUGCACCAAGCAAACUUCAGCUGUGACUGCAUAUGUUGAGAAAUUUGAUGUUGUUAUGCAUUAGCUGUUAGCAUUUGAUGACAA